AGAAAUUCCGAAAUUGAAUCUGGACACCGACUGGACCACGGAAUUGCGAGAGUUUAUCAUUUCACCAGCACCCUAAGUCCGGAGGAGGUGGCGAGAAGGGGGGGCAAGUGUGGAAGGAGUACGCAAGAAUGAAAGAAACUGAAAAGCUUGAAAACAUGGCUGGAGAUGGAAUUCUGGGGUCGGGGGAGCUGCAGAUGGCCCCCUCUAUGAACCACAACCAUGAUAAUAGUGCUAGCGACGAGCUAGUUAGCUCGGUGUCACUGUAUCGACGCAGGCCUACGCUUUUUCAUGGCACAGUACUUCCAUUCAUGACAGUACUUUACCCGGGCUGGCUUUAUGUAUGGUUAGGAGUAUAUGGGGCUGCUGACUAUCCUGAGGCCGGCCUGCUAGCACUUGCCGCUAUCGGGAUCGCGCACGUCCUCACGGUGCUUUCUGGUUAUUGGUCAGUGCAUGCGCACUGUUUGCUUACCUGUGUGAAGGAGCCAGAUCCAGAAAAGGCCACUUUGGCUAAAGUAAUACCUACGCCAAACAAUGGUUCUGCAGAGCUCGUAGCAUUGCAGAGGGACCAGGACGAAAAUGGAGAGGGGAUCUUAUCAUUUGAGUUCCAGAAAAUCAGAUAUGUGUUUGACAGAAAGGAGAAGAAGCGCUUUCUCCCUGUUGCCUUCCCCGUGGACCAGCCCAUGGGUUACUUCCAGGCGUGGCGAGGCUACCAGGAAGAGGCUGAUUUACGUGCUGCUGAGAAGCGCUAUGGAACUAACCGCGCUGAAAUGAUGGUGCCAGACUUCCUGGAACUCUUCAAAGAGCGAGCCACUGCCCCUUUUUUCGUCUUCCAGGUGUUCUGCGUAGGCCUGUGGUGUCUGGAUGAAUACUGGUACUACAGCGUCUUCACCCUCUUCAUGCUGGUGGCGUUUGAGGCAUCUCUAGUGCAGCAGCAGAUGAGGAACAUGUCCGAGAUCCGCAGGAUGGGAAACAAACCCUACAUGAUUCAGGUUUAUAGAAAUAGAAAAUGGCGACCAGUGUCCAGUGAUGAACUUGUCCCAGGGGACAUUGUGUCAAUAGGCCGCUCUCCGCAGGAGAACCUUGUGCCAUGUGAUGUCCUGCUGCUCCGAGGCCGCUGCAUCGUAGAUGAGGCGAUGCUGACGGGAGAGUCCGUUCCACAGAUGAAGACUGCACACUGCCCCCUACAUGUUUAUUACAACGAUUCUUGUUUCCUCCUGUCACUUAAAGACUGCACACUUGGCUCCUACAUGUUUUAUUACAACUCUGUUCUCCUGUCCUUAAAGACUGCACACUUGCCCCUACAUGUUUACUGCACACUUGCCCCUACAUGUUUGUACAACGCUCUGUUUCUCCUGUCACUUAAAGACUGCACACUUGCCCCUACAUACUGCACACUUGCCCCUACAUGUUUCUACAUGUUUGUACAACGCCUGUUUCUCCUGUCACUUAAAGACUGCACACUUGCCCCUACAUACUGCACACUUGCCCCUACAUGUUUCUACAUGUUUGUACAACGCCUGUUUCUCCUGUCACUUAAAGACUGCACACUUGCCCCUACAUGUUUGUACAACGUUCUGUUUCUCCUGUCACUUAAAGACUGCACACUUGCCCCUACAUACUGCACACUUGCCCCUACAUGUUUCUACAUGUUUGUACAACGCCUGUUUCUCCUGUCACUUAAAGACUGCACCUCAUCCCUCACCUCAGUUGUACCUCCUGAGCUUCCAAUAGAGCUGUCGCUAGCUGUGAAUACAUCGCUCAUUGCCCUGGCCAAGCUCUAUGUGUUCUGCACAGAGCCUUUCAGGAUACCGUUUGCAGGGAAGGUGGAAGUCUGUUGCUUUGAUAAGACGGGCACUUUGACGAGUGACAGUUUGGUAGUGCGAGGCGUCGCUGGACUAAGGGAAGGCAAAGAAGUGAUGCCGGUGUCCGAGAUACCGGUGGAGACGCAUCGGGUUGUGGCCACGUGUCACUCAUUGGUCACUCUAGAUGAUGGACAGCUGGUGGGCGAUCCCCUGGAGAAGGCCAUGCUGACGGCUGCUGACUGGAGUCUCACUAAAGAUGAGAAGGUGUUUGCGAGGGGCAUCAAGACGCCAGGGCUGAAAAUCCACCAGCGGUUCCACUUCGCCAGCGCUCUGAAGAGGAUGUCUGUCCUGGCGUCGUAUGAGAGACUGGGGUCCACUGAGCUGUGCUACAUCUCCACGGUCAAAGGCGCUCCAGAGACCCUGAGGGGAAUGUUUUCCGAGUGCCCUCCCAGCUAUGACGAGGUGCAUAAGGCCAUGUCUCGAGAAGGGGCCAGGGUGCUAGCUCUGGGCUACAAAGAGAUGGGACACCUCAGCCAUCAGCAGGUGCGAGAGAUCACACGGGAGGCUCUGGAGUGCGACCUGCGCUUUGUCGGCUUCAUGGUCGUCUCCUGCCCUCUGAAGAACGAUAGCCGCAUGGUUAUCAAGGAGAUCCAGGAGGCGUCGCACCAUGUUGUGAUGAUCACAGGAGACAACCCACUGACAGCCUGCCACGUGGCCAGAGAGCUCAACUUCAUCCAGAGGCCACACACACUCAUACUGCAGGCAGGCCCCAGUCCAGAUGAUUGGCAGUGGGAGUCCAUCGAUGGCAGCGUGUGUGUGGCCUUGCCCCCUCCCUCCGUGCCAGAUUUUGUCCAACAGUACGACCUGUGUGUGACAGGGGAGGGCUUGGCCAGACUGACCUAUGACACCAAACUACUAAAUGCCCUUUUACCCCAUGUGCAGGUUUUCGCUCGUGUCAACCCCAAACAGAAGGAGUUUGUCAUCACCAGUCUGAAGGGACUGGGCUUCACGACUCUGAUGUGUGGGGACGGGACCAACGACGUUGGAGCGCUCAAACACGCCCACAUUGGAGUGGCCUUGCUGGCUAACGCGCCCGAGCGCAUCCCUGAGAGGAAGAAGCGGGGAAAGGAAAGGGAGGCGGCGGCGGCGGCGGCCUGUGACUCCAGGGCCCUGCCUCCCGCGCUAACCUCCGGGAGCAAGCUCAGCUCCCGCGCCGCCAGGCACAGGGUCAUGGCACAGAGGGAGGAGCAACUCGCUGCUCAGAAGGAGAGGAUCAGUCAGGUGCUGCGCGAGCUGGAGGAGGAUCAGGUCCAAGUGGUCAAACUGGGAGACGCCUCAAUUGCUGCACCAUUUACCUCAAAGCUGUCAUCUAUUCAGUGCAUCUGUCACGUGAUAAAGCAGGGUCGGUGCACUCUGGUGACAACGCUACAGAUGUUUAAGAUUCUGGCUCUGAAUGCCCUGGUGCUGGCCUACAGUCAGUCUGUGCUCUACCUUGAAGGAGUCAAGUUCAGUGACUUUCAGGCCACGUUGCAGGGACUGCUACUGGCUGGUUGUUUCCUCUUCAUCUCAAGGUCAAAGCCUUUGAAAACCCUCUCAAAAGAACGGCCCUUACCCAACAUCUUCAAUCUAUACACAGUGCUGACAGUGCUGCUGCAGUUUGCAGUUCACUUCUGCAGCUUGGUGUAUCUGUACAAGGGAGCUCAGAGCAGAAGCCCUCCCAGAGCAGAGCAGUUUGCGGACCUCUACAAAGAAUUUGAGCCCAGCUUAAUAAAUAGCACUGUGUACAUCAUGUCUAUGGCCAUGCAGAUGGCUACAUUUGCUAUUAACUACAAGGGCCACCCAUUCAUGGAGUCUCUCAGCGAGAAUCGGCCCCUGAUGUGGAGCAUAUUUCUCUCAGGCUUUGCCAUUGUUGGGCUACUGACUGGGUCGUCGCCGGAAUUUAAUGAGCAGUUUGCUCUCGUGGAAAUUCCCACAGAAUUUAAGAUGGUGAUCGCCCAAGUUCUAGUCGUGGACUUUGUUGCAGCUCUGCUGGUGGAUAGAGUUCUGCAGUUUCUCUUGGGAAAAGGAACCCUGAGGUUGCCUUCCUGAAUUGUGAUGCCAACAGUCGCCCCGAGCAACCGCUGCCCUUAGCAACCAGACCGUCGCGGAGAAGAGAAGAUGGCUGGUUAAAGACGUCUGCAACACGCACAGGAGAUCUGAGAUGGACAGGCGUGACAUUUACUGCUGAACACUCCUCUGUGUUCUUCUUCAUCUCCUCUUCCUCUCAAUGCAUUUUUCCUUCUUGGUCAUCCUACUGCUUUUCUCCAAGGUUCCCUCCUCAACUCUCUUUCUUUCCAUUUCUAUCAUGUAAAGCCUCAUCCAUUGCUUUCUUGCUCACCUCUCCUGUGGCUGGCGAAGAAGACAACAGUAUUGUGUGGAGUGAGAGUGUGUUUUUAUGUGUUCGGACUCGCGCACAUGACAGGGGCGUUCUCCAAGAGAAUUACAAAGUGUUCUAAUUUUUUUUUCCUCCAUUUUGUAAAAAGACAAAUCUGACAGACUUAUAAAGACCAAAAAAUGUCA